GCGCAGCUUGUCCUCCUGCCUCCGCGCUUUGCCAGGGACACUGCCAGCCCCAGCGCCGUUCGCCAUGGCCAUCGAUGCGUAUUUGGGCAAAUGGUGCCUCAUCUCCAGCGAGGGCUUCGAGGAGUAUAUGAAGGAGCUGGGUGUGGGUAUGGCCAUGAGAAAAAUGGGAAGCAUGGCCAAACCAGAUGUUUACAUUAUUAAAGAUGGAGACACAAUCACCGUGAAAACAGAAAGCACCUUCAAAACUUCACAGUUCAGUUUCAAAAUUGGUGAGAAAUUUGAGGAAAAUACAUUAGAUGGCAGGAAAACUCAGACCCUUAUCAGCUUAAAAGAUGAUGGAUCAUUGAUUCAGGAGCAGGAAUGGGAUGGCAAGAAGACCAUAAUAACACGGAAGCUAGUGGACGGACAGUUGGUGGUGGAAUGUGACAUGAAUGGUGUCAAAUGCACUAGAGUCUACCAGAAAGCAUGAGGAUAUCUUCAUGUUCAGUAGAAACUUGCUACAAACAACUCAGUUCAGUGGACAGAGCUCCUUUACACUCCAUAUUUUCCUUUUCCCUGUUUUUUAGUAUUUCAAUGGACUGAGUAGCUGAGUGCAAUCCUUUUUAAAAGAUGUGGUGUAACUGUUAUGUAACUAUUCCGAACUUAUGAGACUAUUGAAUAAAACUGACAAAUAUAUGAUAUGGAAAUGUUGUUACUACAGUGGAAUUUUAAAGUGAGGUUUUAUAAAAAUUCAGUUUGGUUUUAGGCUCUUGCAUACGCUGCCUUCAGUUCAAGGUAAUGCAAUAUAUGUCAAUAGACAACAGCAAGCGGAAUUUUGACCAGAAACCUUAAUGGCUGAAGUAGUAAGAUCUGAAAUAGAAAAAACCUUCAGAGUUCAGGCUGUAGAGUUAUUUCUAACUUGCAUAUUACAAAGUAAAUAGAAUUUACUUUGGGUAUAUAAAUAAAAGAUAAGCUUUGCUGAUGUUUAAGUAGAGGAAUGUAUUUUCAGGGAUUAGAUUGGUUUUUUUUCAUGUUUUAAACCCACAAUGAGCAUCAUAAGCUUAAGAAAACCCAUACAUUUUUUACUGAAAGGAAGCCUUAUUUUGAGAAGACUUUGUUUUCCUAGCAAAAUUCUUAUUUCCUAUCUAGUAACACUCUGUAAUCUCUUAACCAAAAUCUACUGAAAUACUGCCUAAAACUUAAACCCUCAUUUUAUUUAUUAUUGUUUUUUUUUAAACUGGCUUGAAACACCUAGCAAAUGGAGUUUAUAUGCUUUGAAACACCUAGCAAAUGGAGUUUAUAUGCUUUAAAGUGCCAUAAUAAACAAUCAGAACCUA